CACUCAAAAACGCCAACAGCCAGGCCAGGCCACCCUUUCCUCCGUGGCCAAUCUGUGCCAGCAUUUGGCAACGUUCCCCGUGUUCACUUUGUUCCGAAGCGUUGUUUUUACAUAGUAGUAGUGUGCGAGGAGCUAGUGGCAAACUCUUCUCUCCGGUUAUUUUUCUAUCGCGACCGCGACGCGACUAGUGGAUUCGGUGGCUUCAUUCACUAUUUUUUUCGGAACGGUAGGUAGUUUGCGUGUUGGGUUGUGCAAAUGCUCGCAACAUUGUCCGUCGAUGGUUUCCUGUAGCUAAAAACCAAAAAAAAAAUUGAUUCGAGAGGGCCAUUCGUUAGUACCCUGCAAAUCCGAUACCAUUCCAGUUGCGAUGAGAAGAAGCCAAAGUGCGAUGUGUUGUUGAGUUGAUGCUGGCGGACGAUUUCCUUUGUGCUGCUGAUGGGCAAGUGACAUGAAGAAAGCAGAAGCAAGACAGCUCCUGGGAGAAUCCAGCUUUUCGAUCCCGAUGCUCCGAACCUAAACAGACAAGAAAGGAGGAAAGUCAUCAUCACAUCCCGAGAUCAGCCUUGGCAAUUAUUACCAUUCGCUAACUAGCACUCUGUCAGUAGUGUUGCGGAAUUAGAAGGGAAUCGACGUGCCCAUCGAGCCCUCCUCCUAAAACGAGACACAGUGCAAAAGUUGAUCAAUCGAAUUCCAUAAUAAGUGAACCAGUGAUUCCGUAAUUUUAAAUCGCUGUAUGUGUUCUAUGGUUAGAGUUCUUGUGGGAAUUAAGUGCACAAAAAAGUAUCAUUGAAUCUGUUCCAAUUUGAUCCAUUGAAAAGAACGAGGAGUACAAAAAAACCAAACGAAACAUAAGAUGAAUGACCCUUCGUCCAAGGGAAGUCCGACGUCGAGUGCCAGCGCCCGGAUCAGUCUGGUCACGGACGAAAGUCACUUCAGCUUGGCCAGCCUCAACAGUACCGCUAGCCAGGAUGAGUUCUUCCGGUGUCGGGAACACUCCGAGAUGGUGCUCAAACGGAUGCAGGAAUACCUCCAGAACGAGAAGCUGUGUGACGUGAUACUCAUCGCAGGAUUAGACGGCAAGCGAAUUCCCGCCCACCGACUGGUUCUGUCGGCUUCGUCCGCCUACUUCAGUGCCAUGUUCACCGGCCAUCUGCGGGAAAGUCAACAGGAGGAGAUCACCCUGCAGGAGGUAUCGGGUGAGGCCUUGCAGCUGCUGAUCCAGUACUGUUACACCGGCUCGAUAGAACUGCGCGAAGACACAGUGGAAACGCUACUGGCCACGGCCUGUUUGCUGCAGCUGAGCACAAUCGUGAACGCGUGCUGUACCUUCCUGGCCCGGCAACUUCAUCCGUCCAACUGUCUAGGAUUUUCGCUGUUCGCCGAACAGCAGGGAUGCGGCUCGCUGCUCAAAAUUGCCUCAGCCUACACUUGUCAGCACUUCAUGCAGGUCUGGAAGAAUCAAGAAUUCUACCAACUCGACUGUGCCCAGCUGUCCAAUCUGCUCAAAAGUGACGACCUCAAUGUUCCGAACGAGCAGGAAGUUUUCCAUGCACUGAUGGCUUGGAUACAGUUCGAUUGGGAAAAGCGGAAGUCCUACGUUCCUGAUCUCCUGGCGCUGAUACGACUGCCAUUGUUACAGCCUUCGUUCAUUGUUGACCAUGUCGAGGCUCUGUGCGGAACCAACGACUGCCAGCAGCUGGUGAUGGAAGCCUUCAAGUGGCACUUGAUUCCCGGAAGGAGAUCCCAGAUAUCGACCCAACGAACGCGGCCUCGUAAAUCAACCAUCGGAAAACUGCUGGCAGUUGGUGGUAUGGACGGUCACAAGGGUGCUAUUUGCAUAGAAAGCUACGAGCCACGGCUGGACAAGUGGACCCUGCUGAAGAAUAUGCCGACCCGCCGGCUGCAGUUCGGUGUGGCCGUAAUGGAUGAUAAACUAAUUAUCGUGGGUGGACGAGAUGGCCUAAAGACGCUCAACACGGUGGAAUGUUUCGACCUGACAACGAUGACCUGGGGCUCGAUUGUGACGACGAUGGGUACUCCGCGACAUGGUUUGGGCGUAGCCUUCCUGGAAGGUCCUCUCUACGCGGUCGGUGGCCACGACGGCUGGAGCUAUCUGGCCACCGUCGAACGCUGGGAUCCGGCAUCCCGCACCUGGAGCUACGUGGCCCCCAUGUCUUCGAUGCGCUCGACGGCCGGCGUAGCCGUUCUCAACGGUCGGCUGUUUGUGCUCGGUGGUCGCGAUGGCAGCGUGUGUCACCGGACGGUUGAGUGUUACGACCCUCACACCAACAAGUGGACCCUGAGGGCACCCAUGAACAAACGACGGGGCGGUGUUGGGGUAGGAGUAUUGAACGGCUUUUUGUACGCUUUGGGAGGUCACGAUUGUCCCGCAAGUAAUCCGGCCGUUUGUCGAACGGAAACCGUCGAACGAUACGAUCCAACGACGGACACAUGGACUUUGGUGGCCUCGCUAAGCGUGGGCCGUGAUGCCAUCGGAGUCUGUGUCCUAGGGGAGUGGCUGAUGGCGGUCGGAGGCUACGAUGGUAAUCAGUAUUUGAAAACGGUUGAGCAGUACGAUGCCGAGAACAACGAGUGGCAGCAGGUCGCACCGGUGAAUUACAGUCGUGCCGGUGCCUGUGUGGUGGCGAUUCCGAACAACUUCUCUUCGACGGGUGCUUCCGUUGGAAGUGGAACCGUUGCGUCUUCAUCGAUGGGAGCUCUGGCAGUGGCCAGUGCUGGCCAGGCUGCAGCAUCGACAUCUUCGACUAGCACUACGAACAGAGGACUAGGUACCUAUCGCAAUGGAUCCGGUAACAAUUAUUACUACCGGCGACAGUUUAGGAUCUUUGAUUAUUACGUUUAAAAGGGCACGAGCUAGGCUGCCCAUUCAUCCAGUGAAAAAGAUACAAUCACACAACCCACCCAGACUCGAAUGCAAACGUACUACACCUAGCAGAUUCUACCUACCUACAACUACUGAAAGAAGACAUAAUUUAACUCCUGUGAUUAUUGUAUUAUUUCUUAAAUUGUACUUUAAAUUACUUCUACGCAAUAAAGUCACACUGCUGCUACCGGAGGCGCUUUUUUAGGCGGAGAUACCACCAAUUAAGAAAAAAAAAAUGUGCUGUCGCUAUCCGACAGAAGUCUGAAUGUGCCACCGGAUUACUCGUUUUUCCCAGGGAAACUCAGAAAAACGUUUUUUUUU